CAACAUGCUUAUAGAGAGAGAGUGAAAGCUCCGCGUUUUUUCUUUUCUUUUCUUUCUUUAAUGUGAUUUGUUGAACAACACUCGCGGGGAGUUUUCUUGCCCCAGCAGAAGGAAAUGUUAUUACACAUGAACCUUUCAGCAAGCCAGGCAGAAGGACAUGCGUGUGGAUUAGAUGCCAGGAGUUUGGCUGCCAGAGAAAGACGUUAUUGUUGUGACUUUCUCCUCCGCCCCUCGCUCACACCCACCCCUCUCCGAGAGAAUCUCUGAGGAACGGAACCGGAGAAAACACACACGGCUUGCAGGAGGGUCAUUUGCAUCCAACCGGACUGCAGUGAGGAGGGAGAGGAAGAGGGGGAGGAAGAGUCCUGGAAGUUAAAACACACACAGGCAGGAGGAAGGUCAGGUGGAAACAGGUGACUGUCUAGACCAUGAAGGGGCUUGCCAGACUGAUUUUCCCACUCAUUCUUGUGCUGAUUUGUGAGGUGAAUGGACAGAGGCGCAAGCCUGGAAGAAAGCGUGCUACUCCUCCACCCUCUGAACCAGUUGAACCUACAGAAUUGCCUCCGCCUCUGCCACCUGGACCUCCCUCAGUUUUCCCAGACUGCCCUAGAGAAUGUUUCUGCCCUCCAGAUUUCCCUUCAGCCAUUUACUGUGAUAGCCGCAACCUGAGAAAAGUGCCCAUUUUCCCACCCAGGGCCCAUUAUAUCUACCUGCAGAAUAACUUCAUUGAUGAGCUUCCUGAGGAGUCCUUCAAGAAUGCCACAGAGCUGAGGUGGAUUAAUCUGGAUAACAACCGCAUCACGAAGGUGAACAAGAAGGUGCUGGAUAGGUUAGAAAGCCUUAUGUUCCUGUACAUGGAGAAGAAUCAUCUUAGGGAAGUACCCCACAAUUUGCCUCACAAUCUGGAACAACUUCGGCUGAGCAGGAACCGGAUCUCUAAGAUCCCUGCUGGUGUAUUCAACAACCUGAAUCACCUCAUCCUCUUAGACCUUCAUCACAAUGAGCUGAAUGAUGGAAACUUCAACAAAAAUACUUUCAAGGGGCUCAAGAACCUCAUGCAGCUCAACUUAGCUCACAACAGGCUACACAAGAUGCCACCUUCGGUUCCCAAUGCAAUCCACCAGCUCUUCCUAGACGAGAAUCAAAUCGAAGACAUCCCCAACAACUACUUCAAAGAUUUCCCUAACUUGGCUUUCAUUAGGCUUAACUACAAUAAGCUCUCCGACAAAGGACUGCCCAAGAAUUCCUUCAACCUCACUAACUUGCUGGUGUUGCACUUGGCAUACAACAACCUCACCAACAUCCCCUACAUCAACUCCAAGCUGGAGCACCUCUACUUGAAUAACAAUUCCAUUGAAAAAAUCAACGGGACCCAGAUUUGCCCCAAUUCUAUGGUCGCUUUCCACGAUCCGUCCUCAGAUUUCGAAAACGUGCCCCGUCUUCGCUAUCUGCGCCUGGAUGGCAACCAUCUGAAGCCACCGAUCCCCUUGGACCUGAUGAUGUGCUUCCGACUCUUGCAAUCUGUCGUGUUCUAAGCCUCGCAGCAAUCGCCACUCCUCUGGGACUUUGGCUUUGCACAGUGACUUGAUUUCAGUCUAUGUUAGACAUGGGGAAUAUAUGUUAUCAUCCCUACCCUGA